UGGGCUCGCAUUUUGGAAACGGAAUUUUAUUAUAUCGAAUGCAAGUGUUUAAAUGUUUGGCUCACGAUUUAUUAAAAAAUUAAUCAGCUUUUCACGAUCUUUCUUACCAGAAAUUAAUCGCAAGGGUAUGGAAGAAGCCAGAAAAAUUGCAGCAAGUCUAGUCGAUUCUCCCGAAGACAAGAUGCAGUCAACAACCUCGGCUCCACGUGAGUCGCCCGGUGAAAUGCCUCCUGUAACAGAUGCAAAACCCCUGUCCAAAAAAGCCAUGAAAAAGAAAUUAAGACGAGAAAAAUAUAAGGAGAAAGAGAGAGAGAAGAAGAAAAAUAAACCACCCAAAGAACAAACUUGCUUUACGGACACUACUCUGGCUGAAACUGAAUAUUAUUUUGAGAAUGGCUUACGUAAGUUGUAUCCAUACUACUACACCUUUAACACCUGGAGCAAAGAGAGAUGGUAUGGAAGAAGACUUGUGGAUGUAUUCGCUGAAGAAUUCAACCACUAUAGUAAUGAUGAUGUGUUGAAGGCAAUUGAGAGUGGCAAGUUGUGUGUCAAUGACAAACCAGCCAGUGUGGACUAUGUAUUCAAACCAAAUGACAGACUUAAUCACACCUUGCACAGGCAUGAGAAACCAGUAUGCGCAGACCCCAUUCAGAUUGUGGCUGAGACGGGGGACUUUGUGGCUGUCAAUAAACCCAGUUCCAUCCCCAUCCAUCCCUGUGGCCAGUACAGACACAACUCUUUGUUCUACAUUCUGGGAAAGGAAUAUGGAUACACACAACUCCGGACAACAUAUCGGUUAGAUCGGCUCACCUCUGGACUGGUCAUCUUUGCCAAGAAUCACACAAUGACCAACACAGUGUCCCAGCUGGUGGCCAACAGAGAAGUAGAGAAGGAAUACGUGUGUAGAGUGGACGGAGAAUUUCCUAGGUGGGAUAUUUGUGAUAUUUUCCCUAUUGGGCAGCCUUAAUUCUUAGCCACUCCUACAGAGGAGCACAAUUGCUGGAAAACAUUGGUGAAAAUUGUAUUUAAGUCUGUGUCUGGGUUUGGAACUUUAGACAGAAUCCUUUUAUCUGUGUGUUUAUUGCUAGGCAGUUGCCAAGAUUCCAUUCAUUUCCAAAUGGACUCAAGACUUUGAAAUUUCAAGUAUAGCAAUCAGGUGAUUUUCAACUUGUAC